AUGGGAAUUGAUCCCGGUAUUAUCAAAGUGUUCGGGCCACCGCCGCCGGGGCUCAAUUUGUCGGAAAGUGAAGUGUCUAGAAACAAUGGGGCGGUCAUUGCGAUGCUCUGUCUGGCCGCCGUGGCGGUGAUUCUGCGCUUCACGGCUCGGAUUACCCUGGGGAACGCGUUGAUGUCUGAUGACUGGGUUAUUGUCGUCGCUCUGCUUUGUAUAGGAGCGACAGCAGGUCUGAGCAUCGUUGGUGGCACACUGGGGGCAGGAACGCACCUCUGGUCUCUCUCGUUGACCAACGUUUCGCAGAUUUUCCGGAUCCUCCACUCCUAUACAUUUGUCUAUGCCGCAGCGUGUGCCUCCACCAAAGUGUCCAUUCUGUGCUUUUACAUCCGGAUCUUCACUCCAUUGGACCGGUAUUCGCGAUACGCCAUUGCAUUCGGCUUCUUUCUGACCAUCUCCUACCCGAUCAUCAUCUGGAUCACCAUGGGAAAUUGCUGCAGGCCGCUCUCCUUUUACUGGAACCAGUUCAUUGGGGAGAAGGGGACAUGCAUCGAUGUCAACACUUUUUUUCUCGCCUUGGCGAUCAUUAACAUGAUCAACGACUUUAUCGUGCUGCUCAUUCCGAUCCCGCGAAUUAUGAAGCUGCAGAUGACGAGGAGGAAAAAGGUGGCCAUUAGCGCAAUCAUGGCGGUGGGUAUCUUCGCCUGCGUAGCCAGUAUUGUCCGCAUCUGGUACCUCUCCGUGUUCAUGGCGGCCCUCGACAUCACCUGGCUCAUGGGGCCUGUCUUCAUCUGGAGUACCAUCGAGCCCUCAGUCGCCAUCAUCUGCGCCUGCCUGCCGCAUCUCGCGCCCUUCCUGCGCAUGGUGCAUCAGAAUGUGCUGUCUAGUCGGGACAAAACCGGGUCCAAGUCACACGGCUCGUCAGGCCCCUGGCGGGGUCCCCAGCGAAACUCCGUAUUCGGCAACCGAGCGCCCCAUUUCGAUGGCCGACAAAGGCUGGGGGACGACGAGAUCGGGCUGACGAACCAUGUCGCGGGGAGUGGGAACAUCCACAAGGCGGACUCGAUGGAAUCAACGAUCCUGGUGCAGUCCAGCUUCGUCCAAUCGGCCUCGGGGUCUCGGUGAUGGACUCCUACGCGAUAGCCCAUCUAAUGUACACCGAUCCAAGUCAUAUAGCCAACCGCUUUUGUGCCUACCCGACCUGGUGGGUUCUGUCAGUCGCAUCCAC